AUGAAAGCAGCGGGGGCAGCUGCCUACGGGCCUCAUAGACCAGGCAGAGAGCGGAGGAAGGAAUCGGCCGAGAUCCAACGCCACAAAUGCCGUAAGAUGGGAGAUAUGGCAAGGAAUUGUCCCAACGCGUAUGAAGAGAGGCAACAGGACCGCAGAAGUGACACGCCACGCCGAGGGGGACAGCACGACUCCAUGGCAGCAGCAACGGGAGAAGAACAUCGACAAGGAGCCACAGACUGCUGGGAGCGCUGGGCUCGACCCAUUAAGAGCGCCAGGGACCAAGACGGACCCUGCUCCUGGAGCGCCUACCGAGAAGCAGCAGAUGAUGGAGACAAGGACUACUAUACAGACAACAGCUGA